GCACGCAGCGCUAGCAGUGCCGGUACGAUGCCGGUAACGCCGUCUAUAUGUAUGUACAGACGGCUAUAUGAGAGCACACGGUUAUUUAAUUUGUCGGCCAAGUGCAGUGCGGCCCGAACAGGAAGGAUGAUGUUUUUUGCUGCUUCUCAUUGGCGGAACUGAAGACGAUGCGGUAUUAUUGCAUCAGCCGGGAUUGGAUUUAUUGUUAAUUGGGUUAGCAUGCUGCGUCCGCGCUAAGGUUGGCGUGCCUGUCUGUAUGGCUAGAAGUAUAGCUCUUUUUUGCCUGUGUACGCAUAUGUCACGCUUCGCUGUACAUAUACAGGCAUACGCAGUAUGUAAUCCAGGAAAGGAACCACGGGAGAAUUGUGAAGGAGGAUGAGACAAUUCCUGUGUGAGUUUAAUGCACUUCCGCCGGCGUUGAAGAGAUCUAUCUAUACAGUUGCGCCGUUGAGCAUAUAAGGUGCGCUUGACUAUUUACAUAUACCGGUCAACCAGGAAUAUGCCGGCGUUAGAAUCUAGUCGCACCGGAAGUGGUGAAUCUGCAACAUUCUGCAAGCGUUUACUGCGAUAAUUGCCGAGUUGUUGACUGGCGAUAAUUAUUGUUGAAUAAGAUUAUCCUGCGUGGACAAUGAGCGGCGUUAACGUGAACGGCAGCCGGUUGGGCGGCCGCGCCAGCCCGGACUUACCACCGGUUGCCGAUAGUACGGAGGAGUGGACGUGGGCCAGUCUGGGCGGGACGGCGGUGAACGACAGCUGCGGACGCACGCAGGCCACGCCCUUCGUGUCCGCCAACGAGGCGGCCAUCUGGCUGACGCGGCUCUCCUUCCCGGUGCUGCUGCUCGUCGGCACCCUCGGCAACUCCCUCGGCAUCUGGCUGGUCCUCAAGGAGCGCCGCCACGGCCGCCGUCGCGGCAGUCGCCCGCUGGACCGCUCGCGCGCCCGCAAGAUCUUCCUGCUGGCGCUCUUCGGCUCCGAUCUCUGCUACCUGUGGAAUCGGCUGAUCUUCCUGCUGAUCACGGACGCGUGGACGCCGGCGGAGAGCAGCCGGACCAUCGGGGAGACCUGGCUGGCGCUGUACACGCACGGCCUCUUCGGCUUCGUCGACGCGCUCCUCAGCUUCUCCUCGCAGGGGAUUCUGGUGGCGUUCUGCGUGGACCGCUACUACGCGCUGACCUCCCCGCUGCGCCACAAGACGCAGCGCUCGCUGGGCCGCGCCGCCAGCUUCCUGGUGGUGGGCGUCAUCUACGCCGGCAACGCCGGCUGCUCCACGAUCAUCCCCAUCUUCUACUACUGGACGCUGACGCACCGGCCCAUGUUCCCGGCGCCCGGCGACCCCCUGCCGGACGAGAGCAGCUUCCAGCCGUUGCCCGAGGUCUUUCUGCGCUGGCUCAUCGUCGACGCCUGGGGCGAGGUGAUCAUCCGCUUCGGCUCGGCGCUGGUGAUCAUCGUCUUGAACCGGCUCAUCUUCCUCAAACUGCGGCAGUGCAGCGCCCGCAUGAGCGGCGCCCAAGGGCGGCUGCCGGGCCUGUCCAACAGUCCCAGCCUGCUCAGCAGCGCCGGCGCCCCGCCCACCUACAACUGCGGCCCGCGCGUCGUCCCCGCCUUCCACCUGCAGCUGACCGUCACGGACCCCGCCGAGCGCGACGUCCACUACACGCUGAGCACCAGCUGCGCCUUCUCCAACGGCCACCCCGCCGCCGGCGCCCCGCGGACCCCCACCGGCGUUCACCUGCCGCGCUCCAGCAGCUACUUUGCCGCCAACGGCCCCGCCUCCACGCCCGUGGCCCCCGCGGCCCCCGGAGGCCCCUCCCGCGCCUCCUUCCGCACCUCCCGCUCGGCCAACCUUAUCCUGUUGUGCAGCUCGGUGUUCUACCUAGUGACCAACAGUCUGGACCUGGCCUUGUCCCUCGUCUCGGUGUUGGGCAUGUAUCCGCUGUGCCUCACCGACAAGGCCACCGAGAUCACCUACGCCUGUGACCCCUUCCGCGAUCUCCUGCGGCAUUCCUAUUUCGCCUUCAGUUUCAUGUUCUACGUGUGUCUGAAGCUGCGCCGGCGUCCGGACAGCGGCAUUCGUCGGCGCUCGUCCUCCUACGUCACCAGCAACCCCCCGGCGGCGGCGGCGCCGGAAACGCUGCCGUUGUACAGCAAACGAACCGGCAACGGCGCGUCCCGGCAGAACAGUGCGCGCAGCACCGCGGCGCUGGAUCCGCUGGAAGAUCUGACCGCUCCGCUGAACUGAACUGUGCUUGGCCGUAUCUGUUUCUGCGGCGAUCGCAGCGCCGCCGGCAAUAAGCUUGUGAAACUUGUUUUCUUAAUUAUUACCAGUCCGCUUUCGCUGCCAAUUACGUCCAUAUGAAAAUUAAUGAAGGUUACUGCAAAGAUUUUCUUAUUAUUUUACCAGUUACAAGUACAACCGGAAGUAUAUGGUCUAUUUCAUUGUCCUGUUAAUUUGCAAAUCAUUAUGGUGGAUCCAGGAUGCCGUAUCAAUUUCUGGCGCACAUGUUACAGUACCACUACUUCGUAUUGCAAGUUAAAUUAAUGCGCGUAUACGCUCUGCUGUGAUUGCUAAUCGUAAAUUCAAAAUUAAUAAUGUACAGCGAAAG